CACCCCCACCCGAGCUGCCUGAAAUUCCGCCAUCACAGCUACAUUCCUUUGGGUUAAGGUCUAAUUCCCCCGUGGGAUGCACAUGUCUCCAGAAUGGGGCAGGCCCGUAGUGAUUCACUGCUUGGUAUGAACAUCCACAGCAGCUCUCCCAGGACCCUACUCUGCUGGAGAUUGGGGCCAGGAGGAGGGAGACGAGCACCCCAGACCCCAGCCCUGUGAGCUUGUCUGUGUGUGAUAGGGGUGCGGGUGGGCAUCGCUGGAGGUGAUUAGAGGGGGAGAUCUUGGCCUGGUGUAGUGGAAACAUUUGCUUUGGAGGCAGACAGACCAGAUUCUGAAUCCAUCUGCUAUUUACUGCCUGUGUGACUUUGUGUUAAGUCACCUCUCUGAGCUUUGUAAUCCCCUCUGGGGAAAGUAAGAGUAGUUCUAUAGAGAGCAGGUAGCUCAGUUAUGUGGACCUGGGUUAACCCCCACCCUCCCCAAAUGCUUAUGAACUAUGGGCUAAGUCACUUUAUGAGCCUCAGUUUUCUCAUCUGUAAAAUGGAAAUUAUGGUAACCACCUUAUUGGGUUGUGACUUCAAUGAGAUAAUACAGAUCAAGUGCUUAGAACAAUGUCUAAUGCCCUGAAAUAGUAGGGAUAGGCUUAUUAGAAUAGUAUAAUAGGCAUUGCCCUCUCCCAAUCUAUUUCUCUCUCUUUCUCUCUCUCUCUCUCUCACACACACACACACUGUGUGUGUCUGGCAUUUGUCCUCCCAGUCAGAGUCCUAAAAUGUCUCUUGCCUUCUCUUGCCUAGGCUACUAGUCUGCAGGCCUGGGGCCUCCCUCCUCAACCUGGGCUGUUCAGCCCUCUGAGUCAUUGCCCCAGCUGGGAAAGACAGUGUACCUAGGACACCUUCACAGUCAUUCUCAGCUCGAUCAUCACAGUGGUUGGGGGAAGCUGGUGGCAGAAGAGCCACCAGGCGACUUGCUGUACAGAUGGGACACUGAGGCACCAAAAGAGCCAUGAGCCACCAGAUCCUGCUGCUCCUGGCUGUGCUGACCUGGGGCCUGGCCGCCUCCCAACAGCGAGACAAGGCGCCCUGUGAGAUGGUCGACAAGGAGGUAUCAUGCCAGGCUCUUGGCCUGCUCCAGGUCCCGUCGACGCUCCCUCGGGACAUCAAGGCCCUCGACCUAUCAGGAAACCACCUGCGGAGCAUCCUGGCCUCACCCCUGGGCUUCUACACGGCACUUCGCCAGCUGGACCUGAGCACCAAUGAGAUCAGCUUCAUCCAGACGGGGGUCUUCCAGGCCCUGCCCUACCUGGAGCACCUCAAUCUGGCCCAUAACCGCUUGGCAGCGGGCACUGUGCUGAGCACCCCUGGCCUGGGCCCCCUGCCUCGUGUGACCUCCCUGGACCUGUCCGGAAACAGCCUGUACAGUGGCCUGGUGGAGCGGCUGCUGGGGGAGGCACCCGCCCUGCGUGCCCUCUCGCUGGCGCAGAACAGCCUCACGCGCCUGGGCCGCCGCACCUUCUGGGGCACACCCGCGCUCGAGCGGCUGGACCUCCACAGCAACGUGCUCAUGGACAUUGAGGACGGAGCUUUCGAGGCCCUGCCCCACCUGGCCCACCUGAAUCUCUCCAGGAACUCCCUCACCUGCAUCUCCGACUUUAGCCUCCAGCCCCUGCGUGUGCUUGACCUGAGCUGCAACAGCAUCGAGGCCUUUCAGACGGCCCCGGACCCGCAGGCCGAGUAUCAACUGGCCUGGCUUGACCUGCGGGAGAACAAACUGCUCCACUUCCCAGACCUGGCCUCGCUCCCCAGACUCCUCUACCUGAACGUGUCUAACAACCUUAUCCAGCUCCCGGCGGGGCUGGUCCAGGGCGGUGAGGGCAUCCACGCACCUUCUGAGGGGUGGUCGGCCCUGCCCUUCUCCAACCCCAGCCGGAAUGCCAGCAGCCAUGCCCUCUCCCAGCUCCUGAAUCUGGAUUUGAGCUACAAUGAGAUUGAGCUGGUCCCCGAGGGCUUUCUUGAGCCCCUGACCUCCCUUCGCUUCCUGAAUCUCAGCCGGAACUGCCUGCGAGCCUUUGUGGGGCUGCGUGCUGACUUCCUGCCUUGCCUCGUGCACCUGGAUGUGAGCCACAACACGCUAGCGACGCUGGCGCUGGGCACCAGAGCCCUGGGGUCCCUGCAGACUCUGCUUCUCCAGGACAACGCCCUGCAGGACCUGCCCCCGUACACUUUCGCCGGCCUGGCCAGUUUGCAGAGGCUGAACCUUCAGGGAAACCAGGUCAGGCCUUGUGGGGGGCCGGCGGAGUCUGGGCCCCUGGGCUGUGUGAACUUCUCUGGCCUGUCCUCCCUCCGCAUCCUGAACCUGGUGGGCAAUGGGAUGGAACGGCUGCGGGCGGGUGCCUUCCUCCACACGCCACUUACCGAGCUGGACCUGUCGGGGAACCCGGGGCUGGAUGUGGUCUCGGGGGCCCUGGCAGGCCUGGAGGCCUCCUUGGAGGUCCUGGCCCUGCAAGGCAAUGGGCUGGCUGUCCUCCAAGUGGACCUGCCCUUCUUCAGCUGCCUUAAGCGUCUCAACCUGGCCGAGAAUCGCCUGAGCCACCUGCCGGCCUGGACGCAGGCCGUGUCCCUGGAGGUGCUGGACCUUAGGAACAACAGCUUCAGCCUCCUGCCGGGCAGUGCCAUGGGAGGCCUGGAGUCCAGCCUGCGGCGCCUCUACCUGCAGGGCAACCCACUAAGCUGUUGCGGCAAUGGCUGGCUGGCUGCCCAGCUGCACCGGGGCCAUGUGGACGUGGACGUGACCCAGGACCUGACCUGCCGCUUCGGCUCCCAGGAGGAGGUGGCCCUGAGCCACGUGCGCCCCGAGGACUGUGAGAAGGGGGGACUCAAGAACAUCAACCUCAUCAUCAUCCUCACCUUUGCGCUGGUCUCGGCCAUCCUCCUCACCACCCUGGCCACGUGUUGCUGUGUCCGCCGGCAAAAGUUCAACCAACAGUACAAAGCCUAGAGAAGCCAGGGGGCUGCAGAGUGGCGCAGUGGGGAGACCUUCUGGGUCAGCCGGGGAGCCAGAGGCCCAGACAGGGGUGGGGACUGACCCAAGGUCACACGGUGAGCCAGGGUUAGGGAAUGGUAGUCUCUCCAUCCCAGCCCAGGGCUCCUCUCCUCAUGUCCUGCAGUCAUGGUGGGCGACCCACAUCCCAGGCCACACAUGGGGUCCGGCCAUGGGGUCUGGAAGUUGGGCACUUUCAGGAGCGACAGAGAAUAAGGCUGACCUGUCCGAUCAACAGAUCUCUGCCAGGCAUCUGUUCCAUGCCACAUCCAGCUCCAGGCGCUGGGGACGCCGGUGAAGGAGACACACCCCUGCCCUCAAGGGUUCCAAGUCCUGGCAGGGAGCUGCUUGCGAAGCCACGUGGUGACCACAUAGGGUGGGAGGCCAGGGCUCCGGGGCGCUGCAGUCCCCCAGCUGGCUGGGGAGUGGAGGGUCUCACCCCUGUCACGGCCAGAGUGCAGGAGGGGCGAGACCAGGAAGACUCAUCUGAAAUGUAUCCAAGCAAACCGUUGGUCACAUCUUCCCAUAAUGACUUUCAGCUUCUCUGGAGCACGAAGAGCUCGUGCAUGGAAGGGAACUGGAGGCCCACGAGUAGGUCUUGGAUCUGGCUCUGUGGCUGCAGCAGCUCCCACGGAGCCUGGAGUUCCCACCCCAGUGCUGGACCAUUCCAUUUCCGGCUCCCACAGGCUCUUUCUCUGCCCGGCACUCCCAGUACUGCUCUAGCCCCCGACCUCCCUCCACAGGCACCCUGUUUGUCCCCAGCGCCCACACCCUGGCUGGUGAACCAGGAGUUAGAACCUUAGGUCUCCGGUUCUGUUUUACACCUGGUUUGCUGGAGGUGGGGAGGUGUCUGUGUCUUCAUGAGGUUGCUCUGAGGUUGCUAUUUAACCCAUUUUACAAAAACUCCCAAACUCUCCCUUCAGGGUCCUCCAGCCAAGAAACGCCAGACCUGAGAUUCAGGCUCAGCUCCUCCUGUCUCCUCUGCCUGACCUUUGCCUCUGUGGGGGCAGUCGGCUGUGAGGUGGACAGGAAAAGGCUCCAUGUUGAGGGAGCAGGGCCUGGGAGCAUCCUUUGGGCACAUGUCCACCCACUCCUCUCCCUCCUCUCUCCCUGGCAGGCAGACCCAGGCUGCCUCCUCUGCCUCAGUUUCCCUUAUUCCCUCCUUUGCAGGCUGGUGUGUGCUCACCUUUUUCUCUUGCUCUUGUGUUCCCUGUUCAUUGAUCAAGAGCCUGGAGUUUGAGACCAUGGAGGCCAACCUCACCCAUUGCACAGAUAGGGAAACUGAGGCUGAGGAAGAGACUGGAACUUAGAGAUUCACAAGCCAGUGGCAAAGCCCAUGACUAAAGUGGAUUCAGAGCUCAUUGCGGGUGUGAAGGGGACUUGGGGGCUGGACCUGAGUGAUGUCCUUCUCGCUCAGCUGUCCUAUCACAAGAUAAUUCUGGCUCCAAACACUUUUGGGUCCUCAUUAUGCAGGGACUUUUUCCACCCUGCAAGUGUGGGUAGAACAACCCAUCUAGAUAUAACCCCCUUUUCCUUAUGCCCUUGGAAUCAUGGCCUGUCCAGGAGGCCCGGGGUCAGCCCAAGUCCCUCUGUUGUUGUCUUCACUAUCUUACCCAUGCUUGGCCCUGGUCUGGCUCAUGGUGGUGCUUGGUAAAGUGCGAGACAAUGAAAACACCCUUCUCUCUGCCCCAUUUUAUAGACGAGAAAACUGAGGCCCAGAGAGGGUCAAGGACUCAGGGAGUCUGUGGCAGAGCCGAGGCUAGAAGCUGGUGUCCUGGCCUCAGCCUAGGGCCCUGGUGGCAUGUGGGGCAGCCAGGUGGACCCAGUCCUGGUUGGGAUCACAACCACAGGUGCUCACUGCACAGAAACACUCUUCCUCAGGCCUGGAGGGCAAGGUGUGGGCCCCUUCAGGCCUGAUUUCUGAAAACACUACACAAUGCUGCUCUCACCUCCAGGAGCCAGGCCACAACACUGGCCUGGGGACCAGCUCUUUGUAUAACCCACAUGAAUGUAUUAAAAUAUAAUUUUGGAGAAACAGAGUCGCCUGCCAGCCUCCUCCUUGCUGUGGACCGUGGGCGUCAUUGCACCCACUUGAACUCCCUCUGCUUCCAACCUAGUCUUUGAAUCCUCAUGGCAAACACCACUGAGGGGAGACUGAGGCUCUGGGUCCUUACCACCCUGGACCUUGGGGCCUCAGCCCUCAUUCCCUGGCCACACUUUUGACCCUCACCUUCAACAAGCCUGAAUCCCCCUCCCCCAGCUCUUCCUUCUUGCGCAGCUCCUGCUCUCACUUCUCUCUCUGCUUAGUCCCUUGCCUCAUGGCAGAGGCCGUGCUGUCUGUCCUGCCCACCCUCUGGGGCCUCCCUCUGCAACUUCUCUCUUCACAUCUCCCUUUCACACCAUGGCUGUGCUGAAGUCUUGCCUAUCUGAAAAAUAGUAAAAAGACUCUUAAACUGCUUUCCCUUUCCUUUUCCUUCAUGGGCAAACUUCCUAAUGAAGCAGCCCUUUCCUCCUCCCGUCCAUUCUCAACUCACCCCAGGUGCCUUUGCCCUCCCUGCUCCCCCACCCCCACACUGCCCAGGCUGAGGUCACCAAGAAUAUCCUUUGCUGAACUCUGUGCCUUCCAGACUGUGCCUCCUUAUCCUCUCAGCGGUGGGGGUCCCUCACCCCAUCCUCCCCGUCCCCCAUGUCUUCCCCUUGGCACACUCUCUCUGGCAUUGAGGCCCCCCACACUGGUUCCCACCUUCCUCUCACACCACUCCUUUUCAGACUCUGUGCAUGCGCUCAUCUUCCUGGAGGCCUCUGAGUGGCGCUCAGAUGGACUUGGUCCCAGGCCCUCUUCCCUCAAGAAUGUUAUCACCAUCAUUGUCAUAGCCACUCCAUUGCUCUGAUGAUGCCCAUGGCUCUGUCUCCAGCCCCAGCCAGCCCUGAGCAUCCAACUCUGAUACCCUGAGACCCAGAGUCCUCCCCAGCUGGAGAGCUAAAGUCCUUCCAGGGGCCAGAGAAUUGAGUGAGUGGUCAGGCUGCCAUUCAAGACUGACCUUGAAGAAGAGCAUUCCUGGUUCCUGGCAGGAAACUGGAGGGUGAGGGUGUGGGCUGUGAGUUCUGGGCAAAGGGACAAGAGCCACCUCACCCGUGGUGGGGGGGUGGGGAGCUGGUGAGGGACUCUGAAAUGGGGUCAAAAGGGCAGGGAGUUCUCCCACCCUCCACUUUGCAGACUCCUAUGCCUGUCCUCAUGUGGCCCAGUCUCCCCUUCCCAGCCGCCUGACUCCUAGACCCUACCCCCUUUGUCGGUGCCUAGCUUCUCUUCCCUACUUCCUCUCCCACAAAUUCCAGCUCAGUGAUGCUCCACCUCUUCUCUCUCCAAACAUCCUGGAGAUUUCUCCAAGGCAGCUUCUUUGGGCUUGACCUCUCACCUCCCAGUUCCUACUCCAAAGGAGUAAGAAGGCAUGUGACUCUCUGGCCUGGCAUACAGUAGGUGCUCAGUGAAGCCUCAGGGAGGACAACAGCAUAGGCUAAGCUCAGCCCAGGCCUCUGCGGACGUCCUAACCAGGCGGAGCCCGCCAGGCCCCUGGUUCCUUUUCCUGGCAAAAGGGGGAGUUUGCUUACCUGACCAAAACCCCCAGCAAAGCAGAAAUUCCUGUUUUCAGCCAAACAUGGACACAGCUGCCAACUAGGUCAUCAGAGCCUCUGGCAAGCUCCAGGGAGGGGGAAGCCCUCGUCUACCCACGUCUCAGCCUGAAGUGCCAAGCCACCCAGCCCAGUCAACUCAGUAAGCUGCUAUGGUGCUCCGGGAGGCUCCCGGGCCUGGCAGGCAGGAGGGGAGACAGACAGCAUCCAUGGCUCGGUAGCUGCCUCGACUUCUCAGUCCCCUGGAGUGUCACCACUCCCCAAACCCUGGAACCACAGUCUGCUUUCUGUGCCCCGUCCCUCCAGCAGCUUACAAGGGCCCCGCAGUCCAUCUCUCUCUGGUCACAUCCAACCCUAUGCUCCGAGCUGACAAUUGUUGACCACUUCCGGGUCAGCCCUGCACUGAGCUCUUGAUAUAUAUUAUUAUAUUUAAUUCUUACCAUCUUUGAAGAGAUUUCUAUUAUUAUCAACCUCAUCUUAAAGAAACGGAGACUCAAGUUCCCACAGCGGUAAAGCACCAGAGCUGGGAUUAGAACCCAGGUACGUCUGGCUCCAGAGCCAGCAAGUGUAACCUUGGGGCCCCCAACCUCCCACACCAGGCUCUCUCCCAUCUCCUCCACCUGAAAUGUCUCACCCGCUCCAACCCACCUGUUGGUUGGUACUCCUGUUUCAACCCCGGCCAAUACCACCUCUUCUGGGGAGUCUGUCCUGAUUUCCCUCCACAGCUGUGGGCCAUAGCGGUGGGGAUCUCUGCUUCACCUGCCAACAGACCAAGAGCUCCUGGAAGGGGUUCCACCUGAGUCCUUUCUGUGUCCCCAGGCCCAUGAGCCAGCACAGAAGGUGGGGUUCAGAAAAGAUUUCCUUCCCAAUGCAAAAGUCCAGCCCUGCAGGACUUGAACCCUUGUGCAGAUUAAGCUUGGGCCUCAGAAAGAAAAGGGAGCGAUGGGUUCUCAGACAGAUGCAGGGGACCCAAAGGACACAGAGCGGAAUGCGGAACACAGGAUGGGGGCUGCCUGGUGCACAAGGGUCCAGUGAAGAGGCAAAGGAAAUACCUUCUCUCAACAUCCUCUACUUCCCUCCACUUUCUUCUUGCCUCUGGGACCCUGUCUUGUCUUCUCCUUCCUUUUCUCCUUCCCCCACUCUUCACUUCUCUUUUCCCUCCCUUUGUCAUCUCUCCCCCGGCCCCCACCACCCCAGAAGCAGUUGGGGUUGUGGUGGCUGAGAGUGAGGAGAGGCAGAGGGGAGGGAGGUGAGCUGUUUAUAGGAACUGGAGCAGCUCCAUCCAUCAGCUCUGUUUGCAGCGGGAGACCAAGCAUAAUAAAUACCUUGGCUCCUCCCCAGCUGUGCUUUUUCCUGAACUUGGCCGUUCGAACUCCAAAUCUCUCCGGCCUGCUCGUUCUCAGGACCCAGCUCCCACCCCACCCCACCCUCCUCCCACCUCCCACCAAGCUGCCCUGGAAAGAGCCCUGCCUCUGGGACCAGGAACACAGGGCUAAGUCUAGGCUCUGCUUUGGGUAGAAGGGCAAACCCAUCCACUUGUCUGUGCCUCCAUUUCCCCAUCCCUAAAAUGGGGUCAUAAUUACAGCCCACCAAAUGCACAGUGCUGCUCAUGUUUUAGGCCCGAGUAGUUUGAGCACUGGCUCUGUGCAGGACCCUGCAGGGUUCCUGGGAACAGUCAGAUAGGGCCUCUGCCUAUCGGGCAUCACAAGCAGGAAGUGGUCAGCGCCAUGAGGGAGGUCCAGAUUUUGUGCUCGGGAAGAUUGUUUGCAGCAGGGAGCGGCCCUUCCAGCUGGGCGAGUGAGAGGAGAUUUCGAGGACAUCUGGGCUGGCCAGACGGGAAGGGUAGGAUUUCAACAUGCGGAAGUGAGGAGAGGCUCUUCCAGGCAGAGUGAAGGAAAAAGGAAACCCACACUGGACAGGGCAGAGAGGAGUCUCCCAACUUUGUCCUCUCUGGUCCUUCAGCACCAUCCACCCCAACCUUCCAGCCGUCUGGAAUCUUCUUUCCUUCCUUGGAGAGCUUCCGACUCAUGCACGUCAUGGAUGUGUUUCUGAAAUUCUGCAGUCAUGACCCAACUGCACCCCCCACACACACACCAAAAGCCAAGCUAGAAAGUGGAUGAGCCAGAUCAGGGGAAAAGUCACUGGCCAAUGGCACAUGUUUCUGGAAUGAAUAAGGGAAUAAAUGCAUAAAGGAAUGAAUGGAAUAGUGAGUCAAUGAGGAGAGUAAGUGAGUAAGUCAAUUACUUGCAGCUGACAUUUCUCUCUUU